ACAGAGUAGUUUGUUUCCAUGCUUUUUCAUUACUACUUCUACACACACACACACACACCGACAUCUACACUCACCCUCCAUAUAUAUUAUAUAUAUAUAUAUACACACAAUACACAUAAGCUAAGAAUCAAUCAAUCUGCAUUUCUCGUUUUAUAUAUACAUAUAAUUAUUCAUUUUGCUUAAAAAUGAAAAUGUUGUUGAUAAUUUUGUGUAUUUUUGACAUGGUUUCAUGUAUCAGUAGUAUUAGUUUAUGGCCACCAUCUCCUGGCUACUAUCCUAGCAAGAAGUUUAGGUCUGUGAGUUUUUGGAGAGGUUAUAGAAAUUUAUGGGGUCCUCAACAUCAGAAGCUUGAUCAAAAUGCUUUGACUAUUUGGCUUGAUCGAACUUCAGGAAGCGGGUUCAAAUCGACUCGCCCGUUUAGAUCGGGUUAUUUUGGUACAUCAAUCAAGCUUCAACAAGGGUACACUGCAGGAGUAAUAACAACAUUCUAUCUUUCGAACAAUGAAGCUCACCCGGGGCACCAUGAUGAAGUAGACAUGGAGUUCCUAGGGACAACAUUUGGUAAACCAUAUGUAUUACAAACAAAUGUUUACAUAAGGGGAAGUGGAGAUGACAAUAUUAUUGGAAGGGAGAUGAAAUUUCAUCUUUGGUUCGAUCCAACUAAAGGAUUUCAUCAUUAUGCUAUUUUCUGGAGUCCUAAAGAGAUAAUAUUUUUAGUAGAUGAUAUACCUAUAAGAAGAUACGAAAGAAAAAGUGAUGACACAUUUCCACUAAGGCCAAUGUGGGCGUAUGGAUCAAUAUGGGACGCCUCAUCUUGGGCAACAGAAGAUGGUAAAUACAAAGCAGAUUAUAGGUACCAACCAUUUGUUGGUCAAUUUACGAAUUUUAAAGCCGGCGGUUGCUCCGCCUACUCUUCCCUCUCGUGUCGUCCGGUUUCCGUUUCUCCUUAUCGAUCCGGAGGCCUUACCCGUAAGCAAUACUCCGUUAUGAGAUGGGUUCAAAGACAUUACAUGUUUUAUGAUUAUUGCAAGGACCAUAAACGUAAUCGUUCACUCACUCCAGAAUGUUGGUUACGGGCUCGUCGUUAAUUAUAACCAUUUCGGGAACUUGCAUUUUGGAUACGUGUUUGAUUUUAUUCAUAUGCGUUUAUAAAUUACGAACCCGUAAUAAAAAAAAUCCUGCCACUGCUUGUACUGUUGUACAUCCUUAAAUAAUUAAUUUUGGAAUGAACAACACACACUUCAUUAAUGCUUUCCUUUGUGUAAUAUGCCAUGUCGGCAAUCGGCAUGGUGUAGUAGAGCUUGGCCGGGUAUUCGAAUUGGCAUUCUCUUUUAAGUUAGACCAUGUUUAUCAAUACCAAAAGUUUUAACUUCAAUCUAAUAAAAUAUUUUAUUUUA